AUUUACUUUGCCUGUUGUUGCUAUUAACAGGACUUCUUGCUGGAAAAGGUGUGUAUUGAGAUUGUCGUACUGAGAGUUAUUGCCGAUAUUUCAAUACUUCUCGACUGCGAUAGUAUAGAUAGCGGAUAGAUACCAUCAAAAUGAUCGGACUUUGCACAUUCAUUCUAUCUCUCUCAAUUUCUGCGUUGCUCGCCCUCGACAAUGGACUAGCCAGAACUCCUCCGAUGGGAUGGAUGUCAUGGGCGACGUUCUUUUGCGAAGUUGACUGCGAAAAGCAUCCAAAUGCCUGCAUAAAUGAAAAGCUCUACAAGGAGAUGGCUGAUAAACUUGUUAGUGAUGGCUUUCGAGCUGCCGGCUAUAAUCGUAUACAUAUUGACGACUGUUGGAUGGAACUUUCAAGGGAUAAGCAUGGAAAACUUGUAGCGGAUCGAGAACGCUUUCCUAGUGGAAUGAAAGCUCUUGCAAAAUACAUGCAUGAUAGAAAAUUGGAGCUUGGAAUUUAUGAAGAUUUUGGCACGAAAACAUGUGCAGGAUAUCCCGGCAGUAUUGAUCAUAUAAAGGACGAUGCCGACACAUUUGCUUCAUGGGACAUAGACUAUCUGAAAUUAGAUGGAUGUUAUGUUGAUAUUGAUUUGAUGCCGCAGGGAUAUCCCAAAAUGACGCAAGCGCUCAAUCGCACCGGAAGGCCCAUUGUUUAUGCAUGCGGCUGGCCAUUGUUCUUCCAUAUAGCUCACAGGGAACAUGAUGUGGAUUACGGUGCUGUAGAAAAAGCUUGCAACUCUUGGCGAAUUUUCGAUGACAUUGAAGGAUCAUGGGAAUCGAUUCUCCGAACUAUCACUUAUGUGGAGAAAUAUCAGGAUGUUUUGGCAAAAGCACAGAAGCCUGGAGGAUGGAACGAUCCGGACAUGUUAGUCAUUGGUCUUCCGAAUGUGUCAGUGGACCAAGCAAGGGUGCAGAUGACACUAUGGUCCAUUUGGUCUGCUCCUCUGAUUAUGUCAAACGACCUGAGGACACUGGGAUCCGAAUUCAAAGAAAUUCUACUAAACCGUGAAGUGAUAGCAAUUGAUCAAGACCCGCUGGGAGUCAUGGGAAAACGAAUUUUGAAGACCAAGUCAAUAGGAAUUUACCUGAAACCUGUCACUCCGGUAAUCCAAGAACGAACUUCAUUGGCUUUGGCAGUGGUCAACAAAAACGAAUUAGAAGUUCGAGUAGUGCAGUUCACUUUGAGAACGCUUGGCAUAGCCAAAGGUGAACGUUAUGAUGUACGAGAUCUAUGGACAGGUGAAGAUCGCGGCGUGUGUGAUCACACCACAUCCAAAUCGCUUACGCCUGUUGCGACUUCAACUCAACUUCAAAGUCAGCGAUGGAGUUACGAUGAUAAAGGCAUAUUAAAGAGGCCGUUAAAAUUUGAAGCAGUCGGUUCAAAGCAGGACGAGAAAUGAACGUCACAGGUCGCUGUUUGAUCCGAUUAUGUCCGCCCCUCAUGUGUUCAGCCAAGUCGCCAUACCCGGGUGAUCUUCCGCUCGUUCCUCCGAAACCGGAUGUCAAUAACGUUGAGUCAGUCCCGACGAAGCCUACAUUCAGCCAUGAACUUCUGUCACACUUGGAAUCACUUUCACUUGUUCGGUUCGACGAUGAACAAGCCGUGGUCCAUCUGCAGGCAGCGGUAAAGGCGGCUAUGGCUAUGCGAGAAGUUGAUACCACGGAUGUUGAUCCCAUGUACACAGUUUGGGAAGAUCAACAGUGUCCCUUGCGAGAAGACAUGCCCGAGGAACCACUGACUAUAAAACAGGUACUGUCGAACGCUAGUCUAACAAGAGAUAAUUAUUUCGUUUCUCCUCCUGGUAACGUACCAUUGGAAGAAGCAGCACCACUGGAUCAAAAUCUAAUCAAUCAGUGGGAUAAGCUAGGAAUGGAGGUGGCUCCGACGCCAAAACAAUAUAAACGGGAAGAGAAUGACUAGAAGAUAGUCGUGAGUCAGAAUAGGAUGCAGUAGUUUUUGUCUUCAGUGUUUUGCGGAUAUUUACUUGCUUUAUUUGUUGUUCCUUGUUGUUUUCUGCGUGUAAAUAGCAUUCGAAUUUAUUUGUUCUAGUUUUGGUGCAUUUACUUUUUUGUUCCUGAACAUCCAUGAGGACAGAGUAUGC